GAGGGCAAAAUAGACAGACGAUGAUUAAAGGGCCAUUUCGUAACAUUACCGAUCUAAUUGGGCAUUAAAUCCAUUUUUGAAAAUAGCAAGGGGCAAAAAUCAAAAUGGCGCCCUGAAAAGUUCCUAACCACACAUGGGGUCCACCUCGGCUCCGUCAUUUGGAAUUACUUCUGCUCCCUUCUUCCUCAAUAUGUGGAUCUUCGCUUUGUUCUUCAUUCCCUGCGUCGCGAUCUUGCAAUCCCAUUUUUUGUGCUCUUUCAACUCGUUGAUUGAUACGUAUGAGGACACGACGGUAUCUGCUUCUUUCCGCUGUCUCACUAGGGAAUGUUCUUCUCAUUGCAUCUCUCAUUUUUUGCUCCAUCCCAGGAAGUUUCUCAACCAGGGCUAUUAUACUCAGAUCAAUUCAGAUCUACAACACUCAUGAGUUUCUUGCUCCACACCCAACAAUCUACUUCUUUUGCAAAGGAGAGAACAAAACAAUUUUGCCUGAUGUAAAGGAGAGACAUUUUUUCUAUAAUUUCAAAGGCAAAGAAUCCUGGCAGCCGUUGACAGUGCUGUCACAUAACAAGUGCAAGAGAUGCGGUUUGUAUGAGUCCGACAGAUUAAAAUCAGAUGAUGUGUUUGACGAAUGGGAGCUUUGCCCAGAUGAUUUUCUUACUGGAAUAUCCAUACAUUAUAAGUCAAAAGAAUUCAAUGCCACACUGGAAUGUGAUGAAUGCAAAACUACCCACGUAGAUCCUACUCAACCCCCCAAAGCAAGUGGAGUCCCUUACAACAAAAAACUGGUUGCUGGUAUAGUCAUAAUCACUGUAUUUAUCUGCAUCAUGUCCACUCUUAUAGUAGUAUCUGCAUACAAAUAUUGGCAAAGGAGAAAAAGAGAACGAGACCAAGCGCGAUUUCUGAAACUAUUCGAAGAUGGCGACGACAUCGAAAACGAACUUGGUCUGGGACUUUAAAAACACACAGCUGUUGCUCCGCCAGAGCCAUUCUCGGAGGACAAGCACCGUCGUAUCGUGCGACAAAAGCUUCCGAGGACAUCUACAUCUGAGGAGAACAUUGCUAGAACUACUCAGUAGUUGUGAAGAAGGAAGGAAAAUUCUCUUGAAUUUGCUAGGCAGGGAAAUCAAUGAUAGCCUGUGUUUUUUUUUUUUUGUAAACAUGGUUUAUUUGCAUCCUUAAAUAUCUUUUUUUUUCCCCCACUCUACCUGCCGUAUCCUCA